AACUUUUUUUUAAAUACUUCCUCAUUGACAUUUAGAUCCUACAAUUUGUGCUGCCAUCUAGUGACAUAAAAAUUUGUAGUUUCUUUAUUUUUUAAAAUACUUCCUUAUUAUGAUAGUAAUACUUAUUUAGUUAUUGAAAUAAGUGUAUUACUGAUUUUUGUGUCUAUUAUAGGGAUAGUAUUAUAUAUUUAUUACAACCUUGCCGUAUAUUGUAAAUGUCCUUUGAAUAAAGUUUUCUUGAAUGCAGCGACUUAAAUGUCAAAAGCAGCUGUGUUAUGCGACUAAAUAAAAAAUAUCCGCACACAUUUUCUGUCUUGUUUUUUAUGUUAAUACAAUUUAUGAGACCUUCUCAUUUAUUGCGAUAAAGUGACAUUCUAUGACAUCCUACUUUUGUUGUUGGAAUAUCAAGAAAGUAGGUAUGUUUGUACGACUGCUGUAAAAAUAUAAAAACCUAUUUAUUUCUAAACUAUUGUACUUUCGCUUUUAAUCGUAGGAUUGUGUCGAUAAUUUUAUCUUACCGAAAAUUAGUACGCAUUUUCGGAAAUUGCAGCAGUGAAUCUUAGAACAAAGUUACCAUUAUUACUGUGAUAAUGAAAAUUUAGAGCUGUUAAAUAAACAAUUAAAUAAUAGGUAGUGAAACUAUCAUGGAGUAUACAGCCCAAAAUUUGGAAUAUGCCGUUUCUGUUUUUUAUAAUGGAGAACAAGUUGAUCGGGCCAGGGCCCAUACAUGGCUUACAGCCGCGCAAAGGGUACCUGAAGCAUGGAAUUUCGUCUGGGAACUGCUUCAACCUACAAAGGGUACAGAAAUACAAUUUUAUGGAGCUACUACCCUACACACUAAAAUCUUGAGAUGUUGGAAUGAAGUGCCACCAGAAAGUUACGAGGAAUUGAAAGAAAAAAUUCUACAAGCUAUUUUCACAUAUUCAAACGGGCCUAAAAUUGUGACAAAUAGAUUAUGCAUAAGUGUAAGUAUAGCAGAAGAAAACAAUAAUUUAAUUAUAUAAUAGUAUCUCAUAGAAAACUGAGCAUUUUCAUACUUUCUCAAAAUUUGCCACAGCAAAAAAUUAUCUUAUUGGCUAAUGUGAAGUCUAAUAAGUUGAAGUUUUGUAUGAAAACUUAUAAUUCUAAAUAUGUUGUACUUAAGAAAAAUUAAAUAUUACACAUUCAAUAGCGUGAGACCUUGAUACUGUUUCUUAAUCUGUGGUAUUUUUCAGUUAGCAGCAUUUACCCUCCAACAAGGCACAACUGAUUUGGCAACCCUAUUGAGGCCACUAUCGACUGCUGAAAAUAUGUCUCUGCUACUAGAAGUGUUAACUGUGAUACCAGAAGAAUAUAACAGCAUGACAAUGGGAUCAGCACUCCGUGCCAAAAAUAGGGCAUCAUUGCAUCAAGCAUGUCCAGCAGUAUUAAAUGAUAUGCUUAGAUAUCUACAAACAGUUUAUAAUGACUACAGUGCAGAGCCGCCAUCAGAACAAAUAGUGCAGACAUGGCUGAACGCGGCGACAUGCGCUUGCAGUUGGUUGACGCUGGGCGGUGAGGAUGCUAUCGAUGCUGAUGCUGGUGGAGGCAGCCUUGCUGACCGCAUGCCGCUGUGCCGCGCUCUCAUGACAGUCGUCCAUCUUCUCUAUACGAGUAACGAAUGCGUGAGUGACAGCGCGCUGGACGCAUGUGAGAUGUGUCUGGCAGCGUUGCGGGCGGCCGGCGGGGGGCCAGAAGCAUCACGCUAUCCGAACUCGGCCCUACAGCUUGUAACUGAAUUAGCUGCACUCGCUACCCCCAUUAUGCAACGAGACAAUGUGCCCAACUCUAUCAACGAAGUACGUAUGUUAAAAUCUUUUCCCUACCGUGUUUCACUCCCGAAAACUUAUUAUUGUCUAUACUAUAGGUCCUGGAUAGCUCAGUGGCUAGAGCAGUCGCCCGGAUUGCAAAAGGUCGUGGGUUCGAAUCCCAUCUCAAAGUACCUGGGGCUGGUAGAUUUUUAAGUAUUUUUCAUAUAAGAAUAUUUUCCAUUAUAGCAUUUUGAAUGUAAAAAU